UGGGAGCCUGGUGGAGAGGAGAGCGGGGUGUUUGACAGGAAGAGGAGGCCUCUCUCUGGGCAGGAAGCCGCGCUACGGAAAGAGGGAGGAGACUGCCGCGGCGACAGCAGGGACUGGUGGAAUCCCGAUGUGGCUGAGGGGCCGCCACCGCCAGCAGGGAGGCGGAGGGCUAGCCAGCCAAGCGGUGCGGACGCCGCUGCCGUCCUCUUUGCCUGCCUUGCCGCCCUCCUAGACACGCUUCUCAUCUACGGAUCCUACUCUCCCAGCUCUUGCAAGCAUUCACUCGGCCGGUCGCCUGCUGACCCUCCUUCGCCACAGGCUCAUAGCGGAGGCAGCAGCGAGCAGGCAUGAAGACCCCCAACGCACAGGAAGCCGAAGGGCAACAAACCAGGGCAGCUGCAGGACGGGCCACUGGGUCUGCAAACAUGACAAAGAAAAAAGUCUCCCAAAAGAAGCAGAGAGGCAGACCUUCAUCCCAGCCCCGCAGGAACAUCGUGGGUUGCAGAAUUUCUCAUGGAUGGAAGGAAGGAGAUGAGCCCAUCACCCAGUGGAAAGGAACCGUUCUGGAUCAGGUGCCUAUAAAUCCCUCUCUUUAUCUGGUGAAAUAUGAUGGAAUUGACUGUGUCUAUGGACUGGAACUUCACAGAGAUGAAAGGGUUUUGUCUCUUAAAAUUCUUUCUGACAGGGUGGCAUCAUCUCACGUUAGUGAUGCCAACCUUGCAAAUACCAUAAUUGGCAAAGCAGUGGAACACAUGUUUGAGGGAGAGCAUGGUUCUAAGGAUGAAUGGAGGGGGAUGGUCUUAGCUCAAGCACCUAUCAUGAAAGCCUGGUUUUAUAUUACCUAUGAGAAAGAUCCUGUCUUGUACAUGUACCAGCUUCUAGAUGAUUAUAAGGAAGGUGACCUCCGCAUCAUGCCAGAAUCCAGUGAGUCUCCUCCAACGGAGAGGGAGCCAGGAGGAGUUGUAGAUGGCCUAAUAGGUAAGCAUGUGGAAUAUACCAAAGAAGAUGGCUCCAAAAGGAUCGGCAUGGUCAUUCACCAAGUGGAAGCCAAACCCUCUGUGUAUUUCAUCAAGUUUGAUGAUGAUUUCCAUAUCUAUGUCUAUGAUUUGGUGAAAAAGUCCUAACUGUUAGGGUAAAAUUUGGCACAUGUGUGGAAACAAAUGUAUAAUUUGUAGACAUGCAAAAAAUGUUGCCUUUCAGUGUAUUGAAAGCUUAUGGAAUCGCUGAUAACAUCUUUGCCAGCAUUAACUAUUGUUUUGCUCUAAAAAAUACAAACUUGUGUGUACAUGA